AUGUGGAAAUCACUCAUCUCAACCGGCCAACAAGCCACCCACGCAAGCCGCCUACAGCUCUCCAAAACCACCGCAUCCACCAUCUCACACCCCUUCAGCACAACCCCAAUCCCCAAGAAAGAAUGGAGCCACGACCUGCUGGACCGGGAGGCACUCAAUCCCGAGCGCUCAGAGACCACCAAAUCCAGCACAGAUGGCGAAGUAGCCAGCCACCCCUCUGCUUUUGAUCCGUCGAAAACAUCACCGGAAAGUGAGCACGAGGCUACAGCGGAGGAAAGCAGACGCGAAGGAAAGGAUGAUCCUUUGAAUAUGAGCCCUGCCAACAAGGAUGUUAGUGCUUGGAGGGGUCCGACUGAGGGUGGUCCGGUCCGGAAUAAGGACCGUGAGGCUUCGAGUACUCCUGGGGCGACGAAGAAGAAUCGUGGUGUUCAUGUUAAGGAGGAUGGGACUCAUGUAUCGUACCGGGAUUAA